CACGCUCUGUGACUGGGUUUAGUUUGGGGUUUUUGGUGGUUUUCUUGGUAUUUGCGAUAUCCGACCGGAUGGGGAUCCCUGGGCUUAUCAAUGCGAUUGGCACUGGAGAGCGCAUUUCCUUGUCCAGAUUGGCCGUGAACCACUUGGAACGAACUGCACGGCCGAUCCGAAUCGCGGUGGAUAUUUCGAUAUGGCUCUUCCAGGUCCAGGCUGGGCGUGGCGGCACGAACCCCGAACUACGCACGCUGUUCUACAGACUGCUGAAGCUCCUUGCGCUGCCUAUUCAUCCGCUCUUCGUGUAUGACGGGAAAGAGAAGCCGCCGUUCAAGAGAGGCAAGGCAUCCGGAGGUAGUGCCGGUAAUCUACCGAUCAUUCGGCUGUCCAAAGUUCUGGUGGAUCUCUUCAAGUUUCCGCGCCACGAUGCUCCAGGCGAGGCGGAGGCGGAAUGCGCCAGGUUGCAGACGGCUGGAGUCGUCGACGCAGUGAUGAGUAAUGAUGUUGAUGCUUUAAUGUUCGGGUCGUCGUGGACGGUGAUGAAUUUUUCGAAGGAGAGUGGGAGUGGUACUACGGCUGCGACGCAUGUUACCUGCUACCAAAUGGGUGAUGAGAAGAAGAAUCUGUCAACUGCAAAACUCGAUCGGGCUGGGAUGAUCCUAUUCGCGAUGCUCAGUGGAGGCGACUACCUACCGUCUGGGGUUCCCAAAUGCGGGAACAAGUUGGCCGCACAAAUCGCGAGAGCUGGGUUUGGUGCAGACCUCUUGGAAAUUAUCAAUUCGAACAGCUCAAGCCUCGAAGCGGACCUGAGCGAAUGGAGAGACAGGCUCCAGUUCGAGUUAGAGGAGAACGAAAGUGGUUACUUCACAACGAAGCACAAAGCGGUUCGAGUUCCCGAGGCUUUCCCGGACAGGACAAUUCUCUCAUUCUACGCCAAACCGGUGGUAUCCACACAGAGGGAGAUAGACGGGUUACGGGACCGUCUGGUGAAUGCUUGGGACCAGGAUAUCAAUCCCUUGGAAUUGAGAAGAUUCGCAGCAAAUGCUUUCGAUUGGAACUAUCGCUCUGGAGCGAGAAAGAUGAUCAGGCUACUGGCCGAGCCUCUCGUCUUAUAUAGACUUCGGCUGGGAAAACCAGUAUCCGCAUUUGCCGAAAACGAGCCUAAGUUAUCCGAUGUCGAUGGGCCGAUGCUGCAGAAAGUCUACAAGAGCCGAACAAGCUUUAGCACGGACGGAUUAACAGAGCUGCAGCUGGACUUCGUUCCCAUCGACGUUGUUGGCUUGGAUCUGUUCGCCGAGGAGCCUAACCCUCCGUUGCCUUCGCAGGAGACUACGGCGACCGUUUCGGGCGACGAAGAAGAUGCUCUGGAGGAGCCCGCGGUCCCGCAGUCGCCCAUGAAGAAGCGCGUGACGAAACGAUAUGACCCCCUAGCAUCGGAGAAGAUUUGGAUUUUCGAAACGCUGGCCUCGAUCGGUAUUCCGGAGGUGGUGGAGAAUUGGAAAAAGGAGCUCGCCGAGAAGUCUGCGCCAAAGAAGCCCACUGCCCGAAAGACUGGACCGAGGAAGAAGGGUCCAAUUGAUCCAGGCAUGAAGCGAGGAAGCAUCCUUAAAUACGGCACUCUCACUAAGGAGCGGUCGGAGAUCUCUCAGUUCAGGAACGCCUCACUCUUCGAGGCUGCCAUCUCAGGAACGCCAACAAAAAGUGGCUCGUCGCUCGGGCAAUCCAGUGGCUCGCCUGCGCCUACUGGUACUGGUACGUCGUAUGGGAAUGAUCUUGGAUUUCAAAUGCCGGCAUUUAGUCAGGAUCUCGGAUUCGACGACCUCACGGACCGAUUCUCUUUAUUCUGCAAUGUCUCCCCUGAUGCAGGCAUCAAGCGACAUCCCAUGAUAAGCCAGUCUCGCGUUCCUAGAAGACGAAGAGCCGUUGCGUCUGGCCCUGAGCUUGAGGCGGACAUUGCCAGUCCAGAUAUUUUCGAUUGCCGUUCCCCGGCAGCCGCCCCCCGACUUCGGAUGAGCUAUUCAAAUUCCAGUUGUGAGGAGUCACUGGUAGAUAGUACAGCACUCUCCCCUGGCUACGCCACUCGUCGCCCGAAGUCGAAACCUACUCUGAAACACCAAGAUAUCUAUGAGGUACAAGAACUCGAGCAGGCCGUAUCGUCCAUCACUAUUGAAGAUACCAGCGGUAGCCAAAAGCAGGACACCAAACCUCGCUCCCGUCAUUCAAAGCUUGAGCUCGACACUCCCAAAAAAGAGACGCGAAAAGCGAAAACCACAGAGUCCAAACCAGCCAGCCCCUCUCGUGUCCAGGACCUUCUAGAGAAAGCAUCCCUCGAUAUGCCUUCGCUGCGAAGACAGCAACAGAAAAGGACAGACCCAUCCGAUAACGAACCAUCAAGCUCUCAACAAAAGACUACGAACCCAAUCUCCUCCGAUGGUAAACCAAAGCCCGCCACCACUUCGCACGUGAAUUCUAUCGUUACUUGCAAUGGAUACUGGACAAUUGAUACCGAUCCGGAAUCUGAGCUGGUCUCAGACAGCAAGAAGCGUGGUAGAAAGCAACGAUUCCGACGCGUCAGCGUCUUGGACCUAAGGUAGUUGGUCUCGCAUAUUGGAAGGUUCUGGUAUCUGAUAUCCAGAAUCUGAUCACAACCUUGGCAUUUACUUUUCUGGGCGUUGGUGGGAUAUCAUCCAUUGUCCUUCUGGUUUAGGCCGUUUGUUUUAUUCUAAAUUAAUUCUACUGCAUACAUACACCUAUACAUACAUGAACUACUAUUUCUCAUAAUCU